AUGCUCACAUGCAAUUCUGUUCUUAGCAAGACGUUUCUCGCCCGCCUCUGCGAGCAGGCUGAGCGCUACGAUGAGAUGGUCACGUACAUGAAGAUCGGAGGCGAGCUCUCCGUUGAUGAGCGUAACCUUCUUUCCGUUGCCUACAAGAAUGUGGUUGGUACCCGGCGUGCCUCCUGGCGCAUAAUCUCCUCGAUUGAGCAGAAGGAGGAGACCAAGGGCUCUGAGAAGCACGUUUCCAUCAUCCGUGAUUACCGUCAGAAGAUCGAGACCGAACUCGAGAAGGUCUGCCAGGACGUCCUUGAUGUCUUGGAUCAGUCCCUCAUCCCCAAGGCCGAGACUGGCGAGUCCAAGGUGUUCUACUACAAGAUGAAGGGUGACUACCACCGCUAUCUUGCCGAGUUCGCCUCUGGCAACAAGCGCAAGGUUGCCGCUACCGCUGCCCACGAGGCCUACAAGGCAAGCUUGCUUAUAAACGCUACCGAUGUUGCCCAGACCGAUCUCACUCCCACCCACCCCAUUCGUCUGGGUCUUGCCCUGAACUUCUCCGUCUUCUACUAUGAAAUCUUGAACUCCCCCGAUCGUGCCUGCCACCUUGCCAAGCAGGCUUUUGAUGACGCCAUUGCCGAGCUUGACUCCCUUUCUGAGGAAAGUUACCGUGACAGCACCCUGAUCAUGCAGCUCCUACGUGACAACCUGACUCUGUGGACCUCUUCUGACGGCAAUGAGGCUGAGGGUGCCACUGCUCCUAGAGAGGAUAAGCCUGAGGAGGAGGCCGCUGCUGCCCCUGAGGAUAAGGUUGAGGAGAGUCAGCCUGCUGCCCCUGAAUCUUGA